AUGGGCUGUUGGGCCAAGUUGAAGUCCUCUGGCUGGGUUUAUCCUACCGCUGUCCUGUCACUCUAUGGGUUUUUUGCUAACUGCAGAGUAGCAGAGCCCUUUCUCACACCAUACCUAAUUGGACCAUACAAGAACAUCUCAGAAGAAGUGGUGACCAACUACCUGUUCCCUAUCUGGACCUAUUCCUACCUGGCUUUCCUUUUCCCAGUCUUCCUCCUGACUGACUUUCUGAGGCACAAGCCCCUCAUUGUAGUCCAAGGAUUCUUCCUGGUCACCAACUACAUCUUGCUCUGCUUUGCCCCGGGUCUGGCUUCUAUGGUCUUCCUUCAGGUCAACUAUGCCGUAGUCACUUCCACAGAGGUGGCUUACCUUUCCUACAUUUACAGUGUGAUUCCAGUAGAGAAUUACCAAAGAGCCACUGGUUACCUGCGCAGUGCCAUGCUAGCUGGAUAUACAUUUGGUGCCAGCCUGGGCCAGGUCCUGGUCUCCAUAGCAGGAUUGGACUACUUCUACAUCAAUGCUAUCACUCUGGGGAUUGUAAGCAUGGCUUUUCUCAUCUCCUUCUGGUUGCCCAUGCCCCAGAGGAGCCUGUUCUUCAAAGGGAGAAAUGCUGCAGCUGUGGGCGCACAGUCCCAGCAGGACGGGCCUAAGGAACCAGUGAUGGAUAGGGACGAGGUUGGCUCUGGUAAAGAGAACAUGGAGCAAAAUGGCAGUGCUGGCUGGUGCAGCGGAGAAAAUGUGGUCACUGCAGGCCGUCUACUAUGGCAAAGCUUCAAGGAGUCGUAUUCUUCCAGGAAUUUAAUCUACUGGUCCCUGUGGUGGGCUCUGGCCACAGCUGGUUACGUGCAGGUUUUCAAUUACAUCCAACUAAUGUGGGAUCAUAUAGAACCAUCUGCCACAUCAUCUGUCUACAACGGAGGCGUCGAGGCUGCCUGCUCCCUUGUAGGUGCUGCAGCAGCCUUCUCUGUGGGCCACAUCAAGGUGACCUGGGCCGUGUGGGGAGAGCUGGCACUGGGGAUGUUCUCAGCUGUGGGGACGGGUGCUGUGUUUCUGAUGGCGUUCACCAGUAGUAUCUGGGCAUGCUAUGCUGGUUAUGUCAUAUUCAAAUCCUGCUACAUGCUUCUCAUCACCAUCACAACAUUUCAGAUUGCAUCCAACCUCUCUAUGGAGUGCUAUGCCUUGACAUUCGGGAUCAACACUUUCAUAGCCCUGUCACUGCAGACCAUUAUAACAGGUAUAGUUGUUGAUGAAGCUUCACUGGGACUGGACAUUGUGACACAGUUCAUUAUCUACGGGAGCUACUACGCUGCCAUCUCGGUGCUCUUUCUGAUUCGAGGGACCUACACCGCCUGUAUGAAUCGACGGCAUCCUGAGCACACAGAAACCAAAGAACAAGAGGCCAAUGUGGAGGUGAUCUCUGCUGAGUGUUUCUGA